UGCGGCUCCCAACAGCGGUGGUACUGUUUCUGGGUGCAGCCCCUGCUCUCUUCUUCAGCCAGCAGUCCUUAAAUCAGUCUUUCAGUGACACCAGAGCAGUUGAACCAUCUCACUGCUCACAGGGAUUCGUGGUUGACAAAGCCUUUCCUUGGAACGACAUUCUGAUGGUAUAUGAACGGGACCUACAUCAUUGCCAGCUUGCCUGCACUCAGACCCCUGGGUGUUCCUACUUCAGCUACGUGGUUAAAGAAUUCCGAUGCUAUCAAAAGUACUCAGCUGGUCAACCAACUACAAAAGACAUUCCAGGAGUCAUAUCUGGUUACACAAGGAAUGGGUGCAGGGAAGGCCCAGCAGUAGAGAUACCAGUGUUUACUCUGGUUAGUGAGGGGAGGAACAUGGAUGAAGCCCAGAAGUUCUGCAGGGAGUACUACGAUGAACAGGCCACCAUCUUCAAUGCUGAGGACCAGAUAGUAGCUCUGAGAGCAGUGUCAGCACAGAGCCUCACUGACACAGUCUGGGUCCACUCCCAUUACCAUGCCUUUUGGCCCAAACUGGGCUAUUCGAAUACACCGAAUGCAAAGUGUGUUGUUCAUGGACUUGUAAAAAAAUUAUGGGUUUUGAGAGAAUGCACAAGUUCAUGUAACUUUGUGUGCCAGAAAAGCACACAAUUAAACUCAGAGCUUAAAUACUACAUGGGUCAAGGUUCAUUGACGUGGGAGGGGGCACAGGCGGCUUGCCGAGCCAAUGGAGAUGACUUAGCGAGCAUCCUCACCCAAGAAGAUUACACAGCAUUCCAAAGCAUAACAGAGACACGGCAGUUUGAAAUGUGGAUUGGACUCUACUGGAAGACUUCUACCAGAAUGUGGGAGUGGUCCAAUGGGGACCCCUUUCCAUACUGUGUGUCUGAGCCUCAACUGGGUGCUAGUAACUGCUGCUCCCUGACCCAUAAGGGCCAUUGGCAGACUGAAAACGUCACCCUGGAGAAGACAGACUGCUCUCUGAAGAGACCGUUCCUUUGCACUGGAAAAAGGAGAAUCAAGCAGACCAUUGUAAGGAUGUCUCUGAAAUCUAACACAGGAGCUGACCUCAAUGACCCAGUGGUAAAGGAACCGAUGUUGGAGCAGAUAAGAAAGGAGUUUGUGAAGAAUGGUGACUUCAUCCAAGGCCUACGCUGGAGAGAACUGCCGAAUGGAGAUGUUUUUCGCAAAACAGUUGAACUUGGAAGCCCUGAUGAAGGUCAGUGUGGGUCUGGAUGAAGAGGACCAGUAAAGGUGAUGCAGAAGGAGAGGCAUGGAAGGUCCAAGGAAACCACAUUAUAUAUUAUAUACCUUAUAAUACGUAAUACAAUAUUAUUCUUGUUAAUGUCAUUCAUAUGAUAGUUCGAUUUGUCAUAUGAAGGUAAAAUUAUGAAGUCAAUUUACAUUAGGAUUGAUUUAGACUUUACAAUGUUUGACUAAUAUAACACCAAAUUAUAAUCUAAGAUAUUUGUAGGUGUAUGAAUGUAAUGUAAUAAUGUUUGUUGUACAUCAGGGCAAUUUGGUUAGUGAAGAGAAGGACAUUUCAGUCAGGGACUUGCAUUGUAAUGAGAAAAAGUAUGUUACACACUCAAUUAUGGAUGCGACU